AUAGACAAACGCAACAACACAACACACACUCUCUCUCUCUCUCUCUCUCUGUCUGUGUUUCAAAUUCUAGCCGUUGGGAGCUCUAUCAAAAAAAGUUUAUUCUCUCGCUUUGAUGGGUUUCGUCGUUUCUCACUGGGCUCUGAUCUUAUGCAUCUUACUCAGCCUUAAAAAGGACUUUUCUUCCUGCUAAUUUCUUGGGUUUUUGUCUCUUAAAACUUUAUGUUAUUGUUAUUAGUCUUUUCCCAUUUAUGUGCUCUAUUUCUCUGAUCUCUUUCUCUGCUCUUUACAUAAACCAACUCACCCCACCAUUCUCUCUCUCUCUCUCUCUCUCUCUCACUGCUUUACGCGUUUCCGUCUGUUUCCCUAUUAGGAAAUCUCCUGUUUCCUAUACGAUUCCUUCGUCUUGGAUUAUCUAUAUUCAUUGCUCCACUUGAAUCUGAUAUUGCUCUGUUUGCUUCUCAUCUGCUGCAACAUAGCAUCAAAAAGUGUAAAACCCAUAACUCUUUAUUUUUCUCUAAUAAUUCCAAUUUUUUUCCGGAUCUUUUUUUUCUGUGUGAAUGCGUUUGAUACACAGAAAAAAAGGUAUAUAAGAGAAUAAUUUCGUGACGUGAAUUUCCUUCUUGGUCCACUUCCGUUAGUCGGUGCAAAUUGUUUGGCAGUUCAAACACUGUAGGAAAAAGGAGUGGUUCUUGUUUCCACUUUUUAUACCACAUUUCGGUUUUAUAUUCCUCUCUUCGUCUUUUUUCGGUUUCGGGUAUAUAUUUCUUUACCCAAUUAAAUAUUUGUUGGAUCCCCUUUUCCCUCACUUUUUAACUCUUAUCGACAUUUUCGUGGGAAAACAAGUAGAAAGGAAAAAGCAAAAUCUCUUGAUUUUCGCAGAUCCUCCGAAUCUACCUGCAAAAAACCGUUUCUUUUCCCUCCUCUUUCUCUCUCCGAGUCCCAGGAAAAACAAGAGAUUUUUUUUUUUCUUUCUCUUUAUUCAUAUAUUAACGUUUUACUGUUGCUGCCUUCUAUUUUCCUUGCCUAUUUCCUAGGAAAGUCAGUAUUUUUCCGGGAUAAUUUUCUUCUUUCCUAGGAAAAACCCAAAAAAAAAAAAAAAAAAACGAGUGGAGAAAAUGGAGAGGAUCUUGAUUCCCAAAUGGGUUUUGCUUGUGGGGUUUUUGGGUUGGUUGUGUGGUGUUGCUGUUGUUGUUGUUGAUGGCCUUGGUGUGAAUUGGGGAACCAUGGCGACCCAUAAACUGCCUCCUGAGACGGUGGUCCAGAUGUUGAAGGACAAUGGGAUUCAGAAGGUGAAGCUGUUUGAUGCAGACGACUCCACAAUGACUGCUCUGGCUGGUAGUGGUAUUGAGGUUAUGGUUGCUAUUCCUAAUGAUCAGCUUGAAGUGAUGACAAGCUAUAAACGAGCCAGAGAAUGGGUUCGAAGAAACGUUACUCGUUACAACUUCAAUGGAGGAGUUAACAUCAAAUAUGUAGCAGUCGGAAAUGAGCCAUUCCUCAAAUCCUAUAAUGGUUCAUUUUUGAAUGUCACCUUGCCAGCACUUCAGAACAUUCAAAAUUCCCUAAACGAUGCUGGGGUUGGAGACUCCAUAAAGGCAACCGUACCCUUAAAUGCAGAUGUCUACAACUCUCCAGACAAUAACCCAGUUCCAUCCGCUGGAAGGUUCCGGACUGAUAUCAAUGAUCUCAUGACACAGAUUGUUCAGUUCUUAAACAAAAAUAAUGCGCCUUUUACAGUCAACAUAUACCCUUUCCUAAGUCUUUACGGAAAUGACGACUUUCCAUUUGAUUAUGCAUUCUUUGAUGGGGUAAGCAACCCCAUCGUUGAUACCGGUAGUGGGAUCCAAUACACAAAUGUGUUUGAUGCUAACUUUGACACCUUGGUUGCAUCAUUGAGAGCAGUAGGAUUCGGAGACAUGCCCAUAAUAGUUGGGGAGGUAGGUUGGCCUACUGAUGGGGACAAGAAUGCUAAUGCAGGUAAUGCUUAUAGAUUUUAUAACGGUCUUCUACCAAGACUUGCAAGCAACAGAGGCACCCCACUUCGGCCUGGAUCUAUCGAAGUUUAUUUGUUUGGACUUCUCGAUGAGGAUGCCAAAAGCAUUGCUCCUGGAAAUUUUGAGCGCCACUGGGGAAUUUUUAGGUACGACGGACAGCCCAAAUUUGGUCUUGAUCUUUCAGGUCAGGGUCAGAAUAAAAUGCUUGUAGGCGCAAAGGAUGUGGUAUAUCUUCCUUUAAAAUGGUGCACAUUUAAUCCAAAUGCAAAGGAUCUGAGCAGACUUGCAGAAAACAUAGAUUAUGCCUGCACUUUUGGGGAUUGCACAGCACUGGGAUAUGGUUCUUCUUGCAAUUCCUUGGAUGCUAAUGGGAAUGCCUCCUAUGCAUUUAACAUGUACUUCCAGGUGCAGAAUCAGAAGCCUUUGGCCUGUAACUUUCAAGGUUUGGCCACGGUUACUACACAGAACAUUUCACAAGGAAAUUGCAACUUCAUUGUUCAGAUAGCUGCAUCCUCCUCUUUUACUCUUAGACCCUCUCUCCUUGUUCUGGUUUCAAUGAUAAUAGCAUUCUUCAAAUUUCUAUUUCUAUAGAUUCUUUUUGGUCUACUUUUUGUAGAUAGUUAGAUGUAACAUCAUUUCCUAUUUAAUUUUUUUUUUUUCCAGCUUAAUGUAUUAAUGAUGUUAUUGCCUUUUUGGGAUAUUUUUACUCAGAUUCAUUCAAUAAAAAACUUCCAGAAUUUCAAUA